GUGAAUUUCAAAUUUAAUUUUUCCGUUGAGCAAUAAUCCUAAAAAAAUCGUCGAGGCCCAAAAUGUAAAUAAACCAAAACCAAAACAAGAGAAGAACUUUUAUAAUGGGUGUUCGGCAACUUCAAACCUUUAUACAAUAUCAUGUACCAAACGGAUAUCAUCAAGUAUCUUUGGAGCAUGAAUGCGAGGCAUUUAAAAGGAAAAACAAUCUACAUCCAAUACUCGUGAUUGAUUUGAUGGGAUUAUUAGCUCCGAUGGCUACUAAUAAAAAAGAACUGCUUUGUGGACUUCGACAGAAUGAGAUCUAUAAGUCACUUGAAAAGUUAUUGCAAAAAUUAAGUCAAAUUGCUCAGCUGAUCAUUUUCGAAGAUGGACCUGUAAAUGAUGUCAAGAUGUCAGAAUGGACAAAGCGACAAAAUGAGCGUUAUGAAAAGUCAGUAAGAAUCAUAGACCUAAUCAAUCAAAACUGUCCACUUGAUGAUAUUAUAAAUAUCGAAAGGGAUAUGCCGUCAGUAACAUCUCAUUUAUAUAUGGUUGAAAAAUUAACUUCGAAAUAUGGUACUUUAAAAAUCUCAAUUAAUCGUGAAUGCGAUGCAGAAAUGACACAAUUUGCAUGCCGUAAUCCACGAGUAUUAGCCAUCUUAGCUGACGAUUCUGAUUUCCUCAUUUACCCUGGAAAUUGGAGAUACUUUUCACUCCGUGAAUUAAAUCAGGAAUCUCUACAAACAAUGGAGUAUAAUAGAUUUUCUCUUCGAGAUUACUUACAAUUGAACGACCAUGAGCUUAUUUUACUGUCCACGCUCAAUGGAAAUGACGUGAUUCGAUUUGAUGAUACAUUUCGGUUUCAUAAGUCACUCAUUCAGCAAAGAAAUAAUGCUGCAUUACGAUUCUCGGCCAUAACUGAUUUUAUAAAAAAUUCACGGAUACUUCAAAGUCGCAACCUUUACCCAGAAAUUGCUCGCUUAAUUUAUGGCAACAACAGCCAGUCGUUUGUCCAGAAGAUCAGAGAAAGUUUCGAGUUUUAUAACAUCAACUUCGAGAUCGCAGAAAUAAAAGGAGACUUAAACAAAUACUGCAUCAAAAUGUACUACGACUUUACAUUUUCAAUCUUAAAUUACAUGCCAAAGACAUUUACUGUCCAUUUCUUUGAUCUACGAGAAUGCAGCAAUUUUUUUGAUAUAGUUUGUAAUAUCUUUCGCAAACAGAUUGGAAUCAUUUUAAGAUUUGAGCCAAUAAAAGGAUAUGAAGUACGCUGCAAAAUGUCACACAAUGAUACAUUUAGUUCUGUUUAUGUCAACCCAAUAUUUCCAAAUAUAGCACAGCCACCACUAAUUGAACUAUUAAAGCGAACACAAUAUCCACGACAUGACACAAUUCGAUUUGACCUCCUUAAAUGGAUGAUCAAUGAAGAUAGUUUAAGGAAUAUUGACUUAAUGGUGAUUCCAAAGAAUAUUUUCUCAGAUAUUUUGGUGCUAGUUUUUAUGGUCUGCGAGGGAUUUAUUUCGCCUUUUGAAGCUGACAUUGUUUUGCUGACUAUUAAGCAUGUUGAAAUUGAUAUUGUACCUGAAAAUCUCACAACACCUGACAUUCUUCAUCCUAGAGCAUUUUUCAUAUCAUUUUUGUUCUCCAAAUUUUAUUCAUAUUUGUCGAGAAGCUUAGAAUUGACAGGCCUUAAAGAUCUUUUGAAAAUUAACAACUUUGAUGGGGUGCUCUUUCAUAAUCUCUACCUCAAGUGUCUAAAUCAGCCAUUCAACAUGACGUUUUUGCUUGGGAACUACACAAAGUAUCGGCAUUAUGCAUAAUUAUUUAUAGUAUAAGCUUAUU